AUGGCCAAUGCCACCAUCAUCGCCACGGUGUGGAAGGACAGACACCUUCACACACCCAUGUUCUUCUUCCUUAGCAACUUCUCUUUCAUGGAGAUCUGGUACAUCAUGGUCACCAUGUCCAAGAUGCUGUUCAGCCUCAUGGUGGAGAGGACCACCAUCUCUGUCUGGCUGUGUGAUUUCAUUGGCCAUUUGCCCCUCACCAUCUCUACCACUCAGUUCUUAUUCUGUGGCCCCAACAAGAUCAAUCAGUUCUUCUGCGACCUGGCACCAGUGCUGAACCUCUCAUGCACAGACACCUCAGUCAGCGAGAUGAUAUUCUUCACCUUUGCCUGGGUCAUCAUCUUCUGCUCCUUCCUGCUCACUAUGGUGUCCAUCAUCUUCACCAUCUGCAUGAUGUCCUCCACCACUGGCAGACAACGGGCCUUUUCCACCUGUGCCUCCCACCUCACAAUGGUGAUCAUCUUCUACAGCACUGUCACCUUCAUGUACAUCUGUCCCAUGGCAUGCUACACUUUCCUGGCAGAAAAGGUGGUCUCUAUCUUCUACUGUGUAGUCACCCCACUCCUCAACCCUGUCAUCUACAACCCAAGGAACAAGAAAGUGAAGGAGGUGCUGGGGAGGGUGCUGUGCAGCAGAAGAAGGCUGAAUUGGAAGAUGGUUGGAUUCAUUAACUGGGAUAGUUCAGAGAAAAGGAGGGGGAUUCUCGAUGGCUUCAAUGUGAGCCUCUCCUAA